UUGGGGGAAGAGAGAGAGAGAGAGAGAGAGAGAGAGAAUUGUUUUCAUAUCUCUGACUGAGCCCUGCCGGCGAGCCGUCUAUAUAUUUGUUUAUAUAUAUAGAUGGGUGUGUGCGUGCAUGUAUGCAUCAAUAUCUGAGCGCGUUGAACAGUCAAAAAGGCAAAAAUCCAAUCCUUCCUUCUUCAGACACCGAGUUCCUCAAAGAAGCGUCGCAGAAAGUGGGAAAACCCUAAAUCAUUGAUCAGGGGUUCUAGGUCGGUGUCAUUUUCUCCGAUUUCACUCCGCUUCGAGUUUGAGUUUGAAGGUCCUGCAUGAGAGCGGUUCAGCGGGAUAGAUUGGUUGACGAAUUGGAUUGUAUUGAGUUGAAUUCUUGAUUUUUUGUAUGGACUUUGUGAAGAGGGCUUGUCGAUGGUUUUGAUAAUUGGUGGUGAUUUACAUCUGUGAAGGAGGGGUUUUUGGUUGGUGAUUAAUGGGUUGCAUUUGUAGCAAGGCUCCUGCUAUCGAAGAUAGCAGGGAGAGUCCAAGGGAUGGGCAAUCUUACAAAGGAUCAUCAGAAUUACGCGCGUCCCGUGUUAAUUCUUCGAGGAGAGAGGGAAGUUUUCGGGUGAAAGAGAGGCGUGAUGCCGGUGAAGUGAGAGUUGGAUUGGUCGAUAAGAAAUUUAAUGGUUCGAAGAAGGUCAGGGAUGACCAUUUUGAGAGGAAGGCACAGAAUUCUGAAAUUGUUCUUCCUAAUUUUGAGGCUAUAGGAAUCAUACCAAAAGCUACAGAGGGGGAACAGGUUGCUGCCGGUUGGCCUUCUUGGCUUGCUGCGGUGGCUGGUGAAGCUAUUAAUGGAUGGGUGCCGCGGCGAGCAGAAACUUUUGAGAAGUUGGAUAAAAUUGGACAAGGAACUUAUAGUAGCGUAUACAAGGCUCAGGAUCUAAUUCAUAAGAAAGUUGUUGCUUUGAAAAGAGUGAGGUUUGAUAAUAUGGAUCCUGAGAGUGUCAAGUUUAUGGCAAGGGAAAUCCUUAUUCUGCGGAGGCUUGAUCAUCCAAAUAUAAUCAAAUUGGAAGGCUUGGUCUCAUCACGAACUUCUUGCAGCUUAUACCUUGUUUUUGAGUAUAUGGAGCAUGACCUUACUGGACUUGCAUCAUUACCUGGUGUCAAAUUCUCAGAACCACAGAUCAAAUGCUACAUGCAGCAGCUUCUAAGUGGACUUGAUCAUUGUCAUAGUCGUGGUGUUCUCCACCGUGAUAUAAAGGGUUCAAACCUUCUAAUUGACAACCAUGGCAUCUUGAAGAUUGCAGAUUUUGGUUUAGCAAGUUUCUUUGAUAAUAAUCAGAGACUGCCACUGACAAGUCGUGUUGUGACUCUUUGGUAUCGACCACCAGAACUUUUACUUGGAGCAACUUAUUAUGGAGUUUCAGUGGAUUUGUGGAGUGCUGGUUGCAUACUUGGGGAACUCUAUGCUGGCAAACCUAUCAUGCCUGGAAGAACAGAGGUUGAGCAAUUGCACAAAAUCUUUAAACUAUGUGGCUCACCAUCUGAGGACUACUGGAGAAGAUCUAAAUUACCUCAUUCUACGGUGUUCAAACCUACACAACCUUAUAAACGGCGUCUUGCAGAGACCUUUAAAGAUUUUCCUCCUGCUGCUAUGGAGCUUAUAGAGAGCUUACUAUCCAUAGAUCCUGCACAUCGAGGAACUGCAGCUUCUGCUCUCAAAAGCGAGUAUUUUACUACAAAACCACUUCCUUGUGAUCCUUCAUGUCUGCCAAAAUAUCCUCCUAGCAAAGAGAUUGAUGCCAAGUUGCGGGAUGAAGAAGCUAGAAGGAAAGGAGCAGCAGCAGUCCGGGGCCAGAGGGUUAACCAGGGAACUGGAGGAACAAGACCACCUCGGGCAGUAGCACCAAAUGCUAAUGCAGAGUUAAUUGCAUCAAUUCAGAGAAGGCAAGGCACUAUGAAUUCGCAGAGCCGUAGUGAGCUGUUCAACUAUAACCAGGACGAAGCUGCUUCUGGUUUUCCGAUGGAUCCUCCUAGACAAACAAAUUCCGUAAAAGGAGUGGGGAAAGAUGUAAUGGAUCAUAAUUCUAGGAGAGCUUCACAUUCAGGGCCAUUGGGUCCAGGAGCUGGAUGGACAAAAAGUGGGAAGAAAUAUGAGGAUAUUUCCAUUAUUUCCAGUAGAGCGGACUUGUCAACAUUAUCUGGUUUGGUAGCUUCAAGAACGAUGGCCUCUGAAGAAUGCGGAGAUAAACAGGGUCCCUGGCAAUCAGAAUCAACAAAUCAAGCGGCUAGGGCAUCAGAAACAUUUGAAUUAUCAGGAUCAAUGAGGAAGAAUGACUGGAAACAUCAUCAUAGCAUCACCGGAUCUCGUCAGACAGAUAAGGGAAGAUCCAGUACCAAAGAACCCCUCACGCAUGGUCAUCAUCACGGGCCUCAUGGCAUCAGGGGAAACAAGAUUCAUUUUUCGGGUCCAUUGCUGGUGCCAUCGAACAACAUGGACCAGAUGCUUAAGGAGCACGAUCGCCAGAUCCAAGAAAAUGUUCGACGAGCAAGGCUGGAGAAGGCCAGGAUGGGGAGAUUGCAGCCUCAAGGAAUGCAAAUGACAGUCAAUCCGAUGAUGCAUGUUGUGUCCAGCAAUGGAGCUGGUUAAAAACCAGGCGCAGUUCGAUUCCAUAGGCUUUCCCGUAUAGAUGCUGAUGCUGUACAGUUAUUUUGGGAGAGGGAUAAGGAUAAAUCGUCGUCUUUUGUUUUUAACAUUUGAGAUUAUCUGAGAAUAAAUAGGCCCCAUUUUAAUUAAGAAGCAGAAUGAAUGAAUAUAUAUGAUUUGAUUUUGAGCA